AAGUAAGCGUUCAAUAUAUCCUAUCUUUCCUAUUCAGUAAAUCAAUAAGGUAAGUAGAUAUUUGCACCAGUAUACUAUUUGUAUUUUAUUUGACCAAUUUAUAUAGUGCAACAUUGAUUCUUGGUAUUAUCUAAGCUCAUUGUGUUGUUUCGAACGAUUAUUCUAAGUCAUUGCUAAUUGACGAUCUUUAUUAAGCACAACCACAAAUUAUAAUUUUAUUUAAAUCAUCCUUUUCGGUAGCCACACGUGGUCUCUAAGCAUUCAAACAUGCCUUUUACUGAGGAAGCAAGAAAGCUAAAGCAGAAACGAACCACAAUUAAAGCUAACUUAACACGAUUUUGUAAAUAUUUAUUACUAAUUCCACUACUAAUCAGCCCAUACCACAAGCGUUUUCGGUCUCCAGCAAUCCCCUAGCCAAUGUUAAACUGCCUCCGUUAGAUUUACCGCAGUUUGAUGGUGACUCAACCAAAUGGCUCCAGUUUCAUGACGCCUUUGAAACACUGAUACACAACAACUCAAAUUUAUCCCCGGUUCAAAAGUUUUAUUAUUUACUCUCCAGCUUAAAGGGAGAAGCAUUGYUAAGUGUACAGUCUCUUCAGAUUAGCGAUGUCAAUUAUAAUAUAGCUUUUAACCUAAUAUGUGAAAGAUAUAAAAACACGCGCAUCAUUAUCAACAGCCACAUUAAAGGCAUCUUAGAGAUCCCUGUGUUAAAAAAAGAAUCUAGAGAGGGCUUGAGGUCCUUAAUUGACGAAUUGCAAAAAAAUGUGCGUUCGUUGGAGGCUCUCAACCAACCGGUAAAAACAUGGGACUCUAUUAUAAUUUACAUCGCUAGUUCUAAAUUAGAUUUCCGUACUCGCCGUGAAUGGGAGAAUUCUUUAUCCGGCAAUUCAAUAUUGCCCACUUAUGAACAAUUAAUAUCGUUCCUGACUCAACGAUGUCAGACCUUGGAAAUUAUGGACAUUAGUCCAAAGGUGGAAAGGGGGAUAAACAAUAGUUCUAGAACUCCUAAAUUUGCGCACGUUUCCCAGCAAGGCAAGCGAACCUGUCAUUUUUGCAAGGGAAGUCAUUUAAUUUAUUAUUGCCAGCAGUUUUUAGCCUUAUCUCAUGACAAGAGAUUAUGUGAAGCCAGAAAGCUUCAUCUUUGUACUCGGUGUUUAUCUCCAGGCCACAGCAAUAAAGAAUGUAAAGGGCAAAACUGCAGAAUUUGUAACAAGCUCCAUAAUACUUUAUUGCACUUGAACCCGUCAAAUAAUGCUCAAGCUCCACAGCUACCGGUUCAGGCACCUGUGAAUCCCUCAACAGAAUCCAUGUUAGAAACCACUACAUUAUUAAAUCGGGAAUCUGACAGUCAAUAUAUACUAUUAUCAACUGCCACUGUUAUAUUAUACGAUAACAACGGCUCCGCCACAUUAUGCCGAGCACUUUUGGACUCUGGUAGUCAAUCGAAUUAUAUUACGAGUAAUUUGGCGCGAAAAUUAGGGCUUAAAACAAAUAAUGUUAGAAUCACUGACGAUUUGCCUAACGUUGUCAUUAACUCAGAAUUGCUACCUUUGCCGAGAAAUAUUCAGCUAGCAGACACAAAUUUCGCUACUCCUGGCCCGAUUGACCUGCUGAUUGGAUCGAGCAUCUUUUGGUCUCUACUUUGUGUAGGUCGAAUCUCAUUGGGUGCAAAUUUGCCAAUACUUCAGAAAACUCUUUUGGGUUGGAUUGUAGCUGGUCCAGUGACUAUUUCGAAUUCCAAGCAAAGUGUUUGCAGUUUUUCUCGUAACAAUUCUAUGGACCAGAAAUUGGAGAAGUUUUGGGAAUUAGAAGAAUGUUCAGGUGCACCCGUGUUUUCUGGUGAAGAUUUGGAGUGUGAAAGACACUUUGUUGAAAGUACCGUUGUUGAUUCUAGUAAUAAAUUUGUGGUAGGUUUACCCACAAGGAACAACGUAUCAGACUUGGGUGAGUCUCGUGACAUAGCCUUAAAACAGUUUUGUAAUUUGGAAAAACGGCUGAAACGAAAUUUAUCUUUAUAUAGUCUUUAUAAGGAAUUCAUGCAGGAAUAUAUAGAUCUUGGCCACAUGUCAACAGUUCCAAAAGAGUCAUGUAGUAAUUACUCAUAUUAUUUGCCGCAUUAUCCGGUAUUGAAAACUUCAAGUUCGACUACUAAAUGCAGAGUUGUCUUCAACGCGUCCUGUAAAACUAGUACUGGAGUCUCGCUCAAUGACGUUUUGAUGAA